CGUUCAGUGCCAGCCUAGAGCCGGAGGAAGGAGUGCACGCUCACUGUGGCACUGGCAGCCAGCGCGAGUCUGCCAGAGAGGGAGGGGGCAGAAAAAGCAGAUCCAUGAAGGAAAUGGCAAUCCGGAGGAGAAGCCAAGGGACGCCUGCCGGGAAUUGCUGAUGCCAGUCAGAAUAGACCUGGGUGGGCAAAGAAUAGCCCGCAAGACAAUUGGCCAAAUCAGAUCACAGUUGGGCAGCCAGCCGCACGGAGGCUUCGGCGGAAUGACUGACUGACUGAAGGAAGGAAGGAGCUGAUCCAAGCAAGAACGAGAGAGACUUGAGGAAUACAGAUACAUGCCGGUGGUGGGGGGCUUGCUGUGGAUUUCCUUGGAUUUGGGCUCUGUGUGGAUUACCUCUUCGUAAUUCCAAAGAGUGGAGAGAAACUGGAAACCCCCCCCCCCCCCCAAAGAGGCAAGAGGCAAGAGGCAUUCUUUAGCUUGGAAUCAUGUGAGACACUGCUGCAGCAAGAGGCACACACAAGGAGUUUUGAGGGUCAUGUUCUGUUGUGUCUUCACUCUUCACUGCAGAAUGGGACAGAGAAAGAUCUGGCCUCGGAUAUGGGACUCCGAUGGCUGGUCAGUGGCCUUGGUGUUUCUUUUCUUGAUUUCUUUUUCAAGGAAUGCUUCAAGCACUUCCAUUUACAAUACUUUUCAUUCUGAGAACCGUGAUUGGACUUUCAACCACUUGACUGUCCAUCAGGCAACUGGAGCGGUCUAUGUUGGAGCCAUCAAUCGGGUUUACAAGCUUUCUGGAAAUUUGACCAUUUUGGUAGCUCACAAGACAGGUCCUGAGGAGGACAACAAGUCUUGCUACCCACCACUCAUAGUGCAACCCUGCAGUGAGGUUCUGACUCUCACUAACAAUGUUAACAAGCUGCUGAUCAUUGAUUACUCUGAAAAUAGGUUGCUAGCCUGUGGAAGCCUCUACCAGGGAGUAUGCAAACUUCUGCGACUGGAUGAUCUUUUCAUACUGGUGGAACCAUCUCACAAAAAAGAGCACUAUCUUUCCAGCGUUAACCAGACUGGCACAAUGUAUGGAGUUAUAGUUCGUUCUGAGGGCGAGGAUGGAAAGCUAUUCAUUGGUACAGCAGUGGAUGGCAAGCAGGAUUACUUCCCCACUCUCUCCAGCCGCAAGCUGCCACGUGACCCAGAGUCAUCAGCAAUGUUGGAUUAUGAGCUCCACAGCGACUUUGUUUCAUCACUCAUCAAAAUCCCCUCUGACACACUGGCCCUGGUCUCUCACUUUGAUAUCUUCUAUGUCUAUGGAUUUGCCAGUGGCAAUUUUGUCUAUUUUCUAACUGUCCAACCAGAGACACCUGAGGGCGUGUCUAUCAACUCAGCCAGUGAUCUCUUUUACACAUCUCGAAUUGUGCGUCUCUGCAAGGAUGACCCCAAGUUCCACUCCUAUGUUUCUCUACCUUUUGGCUGUGUCAAGGGUGAUGUGGAAUAUCGUCUCCUACAGGCUGCCUUCCUCUCAAAGCCAGGGCAGGUGCUGGCCAGGUCUCUCAAUAUCACUAGCCAGGAUGAUGUCCUUUUUGCCAUCUUCUCCAAAGGGCAGAAACAAUAUCACCAUCCCCCUGAUGAUUCAGCUCUUUGCAUCUUCCCCAUUCGUGCAAUCAAUGCCCAAAUCAAGGACCGCCUGCAGUCAUGCUACCAGGGGGAAGGCAACCUGGAACUCAACUGGCUGCUAGGGAAAGAUGUUCAGUGUACCAAGGCGCCAGUCCCAAUAGAUGAUAACUUCUGUGGGUUGGACAUUAACCAGCCUCUGGGAGGCUCCAUACCAAUAGAAGGAGAGACCCUUUAUACUUCUAGCCGAGAUCGGAUGACUUCUGUCACUUCUUAUGUUUAUAAUGACUAUAGUGUGGUAUUCGUGGGGACCAAGAGUGGCAAGCUGAAAAAGAUCCGAGCAGAUGGGCCUCCCCAUGGUGGUAUUCAGUAUGAAACGGUGCCAGUUUUCAAGGACGGGAGUCCUAUCCUUCGUGACAUGGCCUUUUCCACAGAUCAUAAUUACCUCUAUGUGAUGUCAGAAAGACAGGUGUCCCAGGUUUCCGUUGAAUCCUGUGAACAGUACACAACCUGUGGAGAAUGUCUGAGCUCAGGAGACCCUCACUGCGGUUGGUGUGCUCUACACCAUACGUGUUCCCGGAGGGACAAGUGCGAGCGAGCAAAUGAACCAUACCGAUUUGCAGCCAGCAUUAACCAGUGUAUGAGUAUCAUUGUACAACCCAGCAGUAUCCCGGUUUCUGAGCACAGCCUUCCACUCAGCUUGCUAGUAAGUGAUGCUCCUGACCUGUCAACUGGUAUCACCUGUGUAUUUGGAAACCUCACUGAAGUGGAAGGCCAAGUUUUAGGCAACCAGAUUGUAUGCAUCUCACCAGUAUCUAAGGCUGUCCCCGCCAUACCUGUGGACCAGGACUGGUUUGGGAUAGAGCUGCUGCUGAAAUCCAAAGAGACAGGCAAGAUGUUUGUCAGCACUGAGUUCAAGUUUUACAACUGCAGUGCUCACCAAUUGUGCCUCUCUUGUGUGAACAGUGCUUUUCGUUGUCACUGGUGUAAAUAUCGGAACCUCUGCACCCAUGAUCCCACAACAUGCUCAUUUCAAGAGGGGCGAAUCAAUGUUUCUGAGGAUUGCCCACAGCUGUCCCCUACUGAAGAGAUUCUGAUCCCUGUUGGUGAGGUGAAGCCCAUCACCCUGAAGGCCAGAAAUUUACCUCAGCCACAGUCUGGCCAGCGUGGCUAUGAGUGUGUUCUCAGCAUCCAAGGCGUAAUUCAUCGUGUGCCAGCUCUUCGCUUCAACAGCUCAAGUGUCCAGUGCCAGAAUAGCUCAUAUCUCUACGAUGGAAUGGACAUCAGUAACUUAGCAGUAGAUUUUGCUGUGGUUUGGAAUGGAAAUUUCAUCAUUGACAACCCAGAAAAUUUGAAAGUUCAUCUGUAUAAAUGUGCUGCCCAGCGGGAAAGCUGUGGAUUGUGCCUGAAAGCAGACCAGAAAUUUGAGUGUGGCUGGUGCACCAUAGAAGGGAGGUGUACUCUGCGUCAGCAUUGCCCCUCAUCUAUUGGAGGAUGGGGAAGGUGGCUUGACUGGUCAAGCAGGAACAUCAAGUGCUCCAACCCACGAAUCACGGAGAUUUUAACGGUGUCAGGUCCACCAGAAGGAGGAACCCGAGUGACAAUUCGGGGCGUUAACCUGGGCUUGGAUUUCUCUGAGAUCACCCACAACGUUCAUGUGGCUGGUGUGGAAUGUACGCCACUGGAGGAACAGUAUAUAAUUGCUGAGCAAAUUGUAUGUGAGAUGGGGCAGGCAGAGCCUGGAAUCAGUUCUGGUCCUGCUCUUCUGUGUGUUGGAGAAUGCAAGGCAGAAUUUGUGGCCAAGUCUGCACAGCAUUACACAUUUGUGACUCCUACAGUGAACUCCUUGAGUCCCAGCCGUGGCCCAGAGUCAGGAGGGACAAUGGUGACCAUCACUGGCCAUUUUCUUGGGGCUGGCAGCAGUGUGUCAGUGUUGCUUGGUAACCAGACCUGCGAGUUUUAUGGGAGAUCCAUGAAUGAAAUUGUGUGUGUCUCUGCCCCCUGUACUCACGGCCUUGGCUCUGUUCAUGUCUCAGUUGGUGUGGAUCGGGCACAAUUAGAAAGCACCUUGCAGUUUGAAUACAUCGAUGACCCCAAAGUUCAUCGUAUUGAUCCUGAAUGGAGCAUAGCCAGUGGCCACACGCCUCUAACUAUCACAGGCUCCAAUCUGGAUGUCAUACAAGAGCCCAGGAUCCGAGUGAAAUACAACAGCAAGGAGUCAGUCAAUGUCUGUAAGGUUGUAAACGCAACCACCCUGACUUGUCUGGCUCCCUCCCUCACCCCAGAGUACCGUCCUGGUUUGGAUGCUGUUGAACGACCCGAUGAGUUUGGCUUUAUCUUUAACAAUGUUCAGUACUUGUUAAUUUACAAUGACACCAAGUUUAUCUACUAUCCAAACCCCACCUUUGAGCUCCUGAGUCCCACUGGUGUGUUGGAGCAGAAGCCAGGGUCACCCAUUAUUCUGAAGGGUAAAAAUUUAUGCCCGCCUGCCUCUGGUGGAGCAAAGCUGAACUACACUGUUCUGAUUGGAGAGACUCUUUGUGCUGUCACCGUCUCAGAGACCCAGCUGCUGUGUGAGCCUCCAAAUCUCACUGGGCAACACAAAGUUAUGGUGCAUGUGGGUGGCAUCAUCUUCUCCCCUGGCUCAGUGAACGUGAUCUCGGACAGCCUGUUGACAUUGCCAGCUAUUGUCAGCAUUGCAGCAGGAGGCAGCCUUCUGCUCAUCAUUGUCAUCAUUGUCCUUAUUGCCUACAAACGCAAGUCCCGGGAAAAUGACCUCACCCUCAAGAGGCUACAGAUGCAAAUGGACAACCUGGAGUCUCGGGUGGCUCUCGAAUGCAAAGAAGCUUUUGCAGAACUGCAGACAGACAUCAAUGAGUUAACUAGUGACCUGGACCGCUCGGGGAUCCCAUACCUGGACUACUGCACCUAUGCCAUGAGAGUCCUUUUCCCUGGCAUUGAGGACCACCCUGUCUUGCGUGAGCUAGAGGUCCAAGGGAAUGGGCAGCAAAAUGUUGAAAAGGCCCUGAAGCUCUUUGCCCAGCUAAUCAACAACAAAGUCUUCCUGCUGACAUUCAUUCGGACCUUGGAGAUGCAGCGCAGCUUCUCCAUGCGGGAUCGGGGUAAUGUGGCUUCCCUCAUUAUGACAGGGCUUCAGGGGAAGCUGGAAUAUGCCACUGAUGUCCUGAAGCAGUUGCUGUCUGACCUGAUUGAGAAGAACCUGGAGAACAAGAAUCACCCCAAGUUGCUCCUGCGCAGGACUGAGUCAGUAGCUGAAAAGAUGUUGACUAACUGGUUUGCUUUCCUCCUCCAUAAAUUCCUAAAGGAAUGUGCUGGGGAGCCUCUCUUCAUGCUGUACUGUGCCAUCAAGCAACAGAUGGAGAAAGGCCCAAUCGAUGCUAUUACAGGGGAGGCACGUUAUUCCCUGAGUGAGGACAAGCUGAUCCGGCAACAGAUUGAGUACAAAACUCUAAUCUUAAACUGUGUGAAUCCCGACAAUGAGAACAGUCCUGAGAUUCCUGUGAAGGUGCUCAACUGCGACACAAUCACUCAAGUCAAAGAGAAGAUUCUGGAUGCAGUAUAUAAAAAUGUCCCUUACUCACAAAGGCCACGAGCUGUUGAUAUGGACUUAGAGUGGCGUCAGGGCCGAAUAGCACGUGUGGUCCUUCAGGAUGAAGAUAUCACCACUAAAAUUGAGGGUGACUGGAAGCGGUUAAACACCCUUAUUCAUUAUCAGGUGUCUGAUCGUUCUGUCGUAGCUCUUGUUCCCAAGCAAACCUCUUCCUACAACAUUCCUGCUUCUGCCAGCAUAUCACGGACCUCAAUUAGCAGAUAUGAUUCCACAUUUCGGUACACAGGCAGUCCAGACAGUCUCCGCUCCAGGGCACCCAUGAUUACCCCAGAUCUAGAAAGUGGGGUGAAAGUUUGGCAUUUAGUCAAGAACCAUGAUCAUGGUGACCAGAAGGAGGGUGAUCGGGGCAGCAAGAUGGUGUCAGAGAUCUACCUUACCAGACUGCUAGCUACGAAGGGUACGCUGCAAAAGUUUGUAGAUGACUUGUUUGAGACCUUGUUCAGCACUGUACACCGAGGCAGUGCUCUCCCAUUGGCCAUCAAAUAUAUGUUUGAUUUCCUCGAUGAACAAGCUGAUAAGCAUGGCAUCCAUGACACAGAUGUGAGGCACACCUGGAAGAGUAACUGUCUUCCUCUGCGUUUCUGGGUGAAUGUAAUUAAAAACCCCCAGUUUGUCUUUGACAUCCACAAAGGAAGUAUCACAGAUGCCUGUCUCUCGGUCGUGGCCCAAACCUUUAUGGAUUCAUGCUCCACCUCAGAGCACCGCCUUGGCAAAGACUCCCCCUCCAACAAGCUGCUGUAUGCCAAGGACAUUCCCAGCUAUAAGAGCUGGGUAGAGAGGUAUUAUGCAGAUAUUGCAAAACUCCCAGCCAUCAGUGACCAGGACAUGAAUGCCUACCUCGCAGAACAGUCACGUUUGCAUGCUAUUGAUUUCAACAUGCUGAGUGCACUCAAUGAAAUCUACUCCUAUGUCAGCAAAUACAGUGAGGAGAUCAUCGGAGCUUUGGAGCAAGAUGAGCAGGCACGCCGGCAGCGCCUGGCAUACAAAGUAGAACAGCUUAUUGGUGCCAUGUCUAUGGAGAGCUGAAGAAAGGAGCUGGAACUCCUGGAGCAAGGAGAAGGGAGUGGUUACCAUAAAGACUUCUGAGAAUUAAGAGUUGGAACACACAAGAAGGCCACUGGCAUUAUACCUGACAUACUGUAACAGCUGCCCAAAAGUAGCAGAAGUUGGCCCAGUUGUUUAGCUCCAAAUCACUCAUCUGAUUCCAGUGGAAAGAAAAGGAGAGCAUCAACAUCAGCACUGCAUUUCUAAAAUCAUUGGAUCCACCAAGAUUUUCAGCUCCUCAAGUUGUACACCUAGAAAAGUCCAUGGGAAGUCUAGAUCCCUUCCUGACUGCUGCUUUGCAUGAAAGUUGUUUGAUGUAUAUUAGGAGGAAACAAAAACACUAUUUAAAGAGAGUUUUUUUUUUCUUUUUUUAAAGAAAAAGGAAUGAAAGACGAUAAAUGAAAUGGAACAAAACCACAGUGGCCACGUCAAAUAUUUGUCAAAAAAGUUCUGCUGCACACACUGCCCCUCUAUUCUCAUGAGUUGUUUGUGGUUCAGAUGGAUGGUUUGUGAAGGGCACUCAACCCAUUGGGAAUGUUUAAAAAAACUCAGUUAUUCUUCUUCCUGGAAACUUCUAGAAAACCCCAUGAGCAUAAAUUUGCACCAAGCCUUUUUUAAAUAAAGGAAACUGUGCGGUUGGGGAAGAAGUCCUGUUGUCUUGCCUGCAAGAAGCACUUAGCAGACAUGUACCAGAGCAGAAAAGCCAUCCAAUCAUUCAGUCCAUCUAUCCUGAAGUCCUUCUUUGGCUAUAUAUUUAUAGAGUAUGGUAUUUUUUUAACAAUCUUGUUUACCACUGGAGGGGCACCAUAAUUUUUAAGUCCUUCGUUCUUCUACUUUGACAAAAACUCCACCCUGCUGCAAAGACCCUUCUCUCUUUCUAUGUAUGUGACAACUGUGUCCCUAAGGAAUGUCCUUUUGACGCUAAGGAAGUUGUGAGUUUGAACUGAAACAGGCACAUUGUGGGCUUCUGCAGGUGCAAUUUGUGUAAAAAUUGGCUUUCUUAGUUACACUAGGGUGUUGGGUUGGUUAGCUUUUUUUUUUGUCUUCCCUAGUCGUUAUGUGAUUUCUUGCAGUAAAAAUGUUUACAGCAAGCAAUACUUGAACAGAGUAGACCUAAUGAGAUAACAUAUUUAUUGAUUUCCCUCUUUGGAUUCUUUGAUGCUUAUGUGAUCAGGACAAAUGGCAUUUGCAUUUUUCUCACACCAUAUGCGAGGUCAUGCAAAGGUCAAGCACAAGAUUUCGUUCUCCACUGGGAGGGCAAGGUGGAGAGGAACCUUCUCUAUAGUGAAAAGGAAGUAACACACUCCAUGUGCUGGUUAAUGGCUGUUGUCAUUGUCUUUGUCCAUGUGUUUUGUCUUGGGUUUAGAUUCUUAGCUGACCCCACCGAUCUAUUUCUUAGUGAUCAGUGGAAGGCUGAUGUCUGUGAGUUAUUGUUCCUAUCACAAAAAGACCAAAGUUUUCUUGUCCCUUUCAAGAAUGCCAAGUAGCAGUUGGAAUGCUGUACAUAAUUCUCUCUGUAAUAAAUAUUGAUAUUUGUGCAGGCUGCAGUUAAGAGGGGUGAUUAGGGGGCAAGGUGAUUAGAUCUAAUGGAAAGCAGGAUAUCGACCAUAUGGGUCAGAGUCUGUAAAUGGAAUCUGAGUCAGUUUUAAGAGAGGCAGUUUGGCUCCCUCAGCUAAGGUUGAAGAACAGACUGAUUGUACCACUGAACUUGCUGCAUGAUUAUCCUGAGAGUGUCAUAAUUUCUCCAAAGUUUCCAACAUUUUUAGCCAUAAAAUGCUGCCUAAUGGACUCGCUGGAAGUCUUGGAAUAUGUUAUCAGAACAGCCAUGCCUGAAGGCCUCCACAACUAAUGGGGAAGGGGGGUAGAGAGCACCCUCUUGGUAGUUAUUUUGUAGCUACUUCAUGGAAGGAAAUUUCAGUGUUGAGAGAUCUCUCCACAGGGGUGGGAUCUGGUGCUAAAUGCUGUGCCAGUGUCCCUGCACCCCUGCUGCUAGUGUAGUGGGGGUAGUCUGGGGCAUGGGCAGGGAAGUGGCUGAUGCUAAUCAGCUUCCUGCAGGCCAUUGCCCCUGUUGCACCAGUGGCCAGGGCUUUGGACUUACACCACCUUUUUGUGGCAUAAGUCCAUUAAACCCAGUGGGGGCUUUACAGCGGUGGGUAGACUUGUUUGCAUUUUUAGCCUCUCCACACCACUAGAAAGCCCAUUUGGGAGUAGCAGACUGGCAUGGCUGCAGCACAGCAUCCAGAUGCCCCACCAUUGAAUGGGGCUGUUAGUCAUAAUACCUGGAAGGAAGGACUGGCAAUUUCUCUACCAGAACAGGCACUUCCUGUCAUCAUCAGUUUGUACUGGUGUAUAUGAGCCACAUAAUGUCACAAAACAUCAUUCAUUCAUUCAUUCCAACAUACACUGUUCCAAUGGGCUGUGGUUGAAUGGGUUGUUCAUUGUAUUACUGGUUCCAUGAGAAUCCCUGAUUUUUAGUUUUUGACCAUUAUCUUGAAGGCUGCCAGCAAAAGGAUAAAGGAAAGGAGAAACUUGCUCCUUUAAUUAUAAUUCAUUAAAAGCUAUGCCUAGCCUACUUCCCCCGAUAAUUCACCUUCAUAGGAUUCCCUGGGCCCCAUUAAUAGCCUGAAAGAAAUACUAAUGGCUUACCUUGUGCAAUAAGCCAAAGCCUUUGACAUUCACAAGCAGCAAAAACUUUGCAGCCAGAAAGCUCUGAUUUACAUUGACCUAACAGGAGCAGGGACCAAGAUCCAAAUGCAGAAUAAGGGCAGUCUGCGAUUAGGAGAGUUUUCUCACUUGCUCCUUCAUACCCCUUGGCAGUGUAGUGAGUUUGAUUGCAGAGAGUCUGCUUUGUUAUUGAAUUCUCUGCUGUUGUGGGCAAAUCCAACAGCCAGUUUUCAUCUGAAGAAUUGCCAUUUCGCCUAGUUACAGGCAAUACACUAUUAGACCAUGGUAGGACUUUGUAAGUGCAGUUUCAUUUUUAAUCAGGUUUUACUGACAUGAUAGAUGGGCUGUUGGGCUUCAGCUUCAGUCUUACAAACUAAGGCUGUAUCCAGGCAUGUCAGAAGUUUCUUGUAUAAUUAGAAGUGAGGGAAGGUGUGAUCCACUUGUAACCCCAACUAGUAGAAAGAAGGAAGGAGUCAGCAUUACAGUGGCUGACAUCCUGCCUAUUUGACCUUGUAGCAAACAGCAUGUUGAUCAGUGUAAUUUCUGCAUGGCUUCCCAGGGUCAGGAAUACUGAGUCAGGCAUACUUUGCUGGAAUUGCCCCCUCUGCUUUCAAAAGGUUAAAAACCAGCAGACUGAUACAUUCAUAGCUUUUCAGAAUACAUGGCAGCAUUUCAUCUAGUGUUUUCUACACUGGCCAGGAUUUGUUCUCAGAUGGAAUGACAGUUUUAAUAAAUUCAAUAUUUAUAACUCCAAAAGGCUACCAAAUAGUUUGUUUGUAGCUGCCUGGCCUGGCUCGUGGAUGACUCAAAUGUGAGAUAAGUUUCCAGUCCUGUUUUCUUUGGAUAGCAGCCAAGCUCAAGCAUUUAAAAACCAUAGUGAUUGCCUUGGAUGACUUUCUUCCCCAUCCAUGUCAGUGCCUCCUUCCCUGAUGUCUGAAUCCCAGCUUGCUGUGUUUCAGGUCAGGUGUUUUCACAUCAAAGCCAGCAAUGUCAUUUCUGGAAUUUCUGUGCCUGGCACUGCUGUUUAAAUAAUUCCAUUUAAUCUUCUACUGAUGAGUGCUAUCCAGGGCCAUCAAAGAGCCCACUGCACAAGGUAGUGAUGUGCUAAUCAAAUGCUCCUUUCCUUUGAAGGUCUUUAUUUUAAAAGAAAUUCAUCUUGUUAGCACACUUGCCUGCCCCUGCUAUUCUCUGUACUGAAAUUCUGCAGCCACUCAUCUUGCCAGAGCAAUGACUUUUCAGCCUAUCCAGUUUUUUUCUGUAAUAGUUUCCACAUCCUCUUAGAAGGCUCUACAAAGUGUAAAUAGCAAAUCUGCUACAACUACAUUGAGAACAACCUUUUGCUAAAUUAACAACUGUCAAGGUAAAGAAGUGUCCAGCGCUUCUAGGUUGUUAGUGGGAAAUAUUCUCAGUAAGAAUUGAAAGGCUGUGAAGUUCAUUCAGAAUUGUGAAGAUCUUAGUCUUACUCAGGGGAACACGGUGCUAUGGUUCAAUGGGGCAUUAUUCGGUCCCUGUUGUAAUGGAAUGCCUUUUUGCUUCUUGCCAGUCAGGGAAAUCUGUUACUAAGAUCACAGGGAAUUCAGUCCAUACUCAUCCGGAAUUGGAUUUGCUCCUACGUUGCUUGCCAAGCUUUCAACUUUUUCCUAGUAUUUUUGCCUUUUCUUGUUUUCUCAUAAUGUAACCAUUAUGUAGCCUCAGUUUAGUCUUUUUGGUGGUCCAUGAUAUCCAAAAACUCUUUCCAACACCACAUUUCAAAUGAGUCAACAUUUUUUUCCUGUCAGCUUUCUUCAAUGUCCAACUUUCACAUCCAUACCUAGUAAUGGGAAUUACUAGGAUAUGAAUUACCUUGAUCACCAGUGACUUAUCCUCACACUGAAGCAUUUGCUCCAGCUCCUUCAUGACUUCCCUUCCCAGUGAUUAUCCUCACACUUAAGAUUUUAUUCAAGCUCCUUCCCAGUUUCAGUCUCCUUCUGAUUUUUUGGUUGCUGUCUCCCUUUUGGUUGGUGGUGGAACCAAGGAAUAGAAGUCUUGAACAAUUUCAAUUUUCUCAUUGUCCACCUUAAAAUUGAAUAGUUCUCCAUUAGUCAUUACUUUUGUCUCUUUGAUGUUCAGCUGAUGUUCAGCUUUGACACUUUUUCCUUUAACUUUCAGCAAUAGUUGUUUCAAGUCUUCACUUUUUCCUGCCAGUAACAUAGCAUCAUUGGCAUAUCUCAAAUUGUUAAUCGUCUCCCCCUCCCCAUUUUCACUCCACCAUUAUCUAACUCUAACCCAGCUUUCCUUAUGAUAUGUUCUGCAUACAGAUUUAAGAGACAGGGAGGUAAAAUACAUCUUGACACUUUGACAACUGGAAACCAUUUUGUUUCUCCAUACUACACCUUAACAGUAACUAUACUUUUGUCCAGCAUAGCUAUACUCACCUCAGGAAAACUACCAAAAUCACUGUCCUUAACAUCAUCUAUAUAUAUAUAUAUAUAUAUAAGCUAACAGUGACUUUGUUAGUUAUGCCCUAACACCGAAACAGCUGGAUGGAUUGCCCCCAAAUUUUCACAUGACAUC